UUAACACAUUCUAGGUCGCUGUAUCGGCGGUCAUUGAAGCUAUCUCUUGACUGGUCUGUAGACCGUCGAGUCUGGCGCGGACAAGCUGGUUAUAUACGUUCGCUGUUCGAGGCCAACAAGAACAUCAGCGACCCUCGUCUGCAAAAGGUACUGUUCCGUGAAACAGAAAAAUUACUUCAAUCAUGGAAACACCCUGAUCCUUACAGGGCCCCGACCGCCCCCGGAGGUUUGUCUCCAAGAUACUCGUUGCAACAGGAGCAUACUUCUAAUCAUUAUCAUAGGAAACAAAUGGGAGAGAAACUUGCCCGCUCGCAUUCUUCCCUGUAUGUUUCUCACUACACCGAGAAUUUCUCCGUUAAUAUAUACUAA